AUGGAGCACCGGCGCCGCGCCCUGGAGGAGAUUGCCGCGCGGCGCCGUGGGCGCGACGAGGGCGGCAUUAUCGUGCUUGAGGACAGCGACGACGACGCGCCACCGCCGCCAGGUUCCGCCGCCGCCGCCAGCGGCGCCGUAGCCCUCUCCCUCCGCCGCCGGCCGCCGGCUUGCCCCCUCCCCAUCCCGUUCCCGCCCCUGCGCCGCCUCCCCAGGAGGUGGCCGGGGCGGCGCGCCCCUCCUCUUCCCUCGACCGCCACCCCCCGUGAGCUCUCCCCCGCCGCCGCCGGCGGGUGCCCCGGCGCUGGCCCGGGUGCUGCCGGCGGCGGCGGGCCCUUCUGUACCCGCGUGUUCGUCUCCUUCCCGGGGCUGGUGACGGCGGCGGUGAUGCUCGGCUGGGCGGCGGCCCGGCGACCCGGUAGGCGCGGUGGCGGUGCUGCCCUUGGCAGCAGGGCGGCGUGGUGGCGUGCGGUGGCCGGCGGCGCGUCCCCGGCCCCAUCUGGGUCCUAG